AUGUCAGCCCAAAACAACGACACCACUAACACCGUGGAGAGCGCGGGCCGUCGCCGCAGCUCCACAGUCCUCGCCUCUAUGGGCAACUUCGGCAACGAGCCUGUUGACCGCAGCUCUGAGACCGUCCUCACUCGCAAGCAGAAGCGUGCGAACCGUCGAAGCACUCUUCGGAUGCAGUCCGAGGUGGCUCCAUUCCUAGGAAUGGGCUUCGAUGACGAGGAUGAGGUCAAGGAGACUGAGAAGGCAGGCAAGAAGAAGGAUGAGGAGAUGAAGGACGAGAAUGACGAGAAGGAGGCUGAGAAUGAGGGUGACAAGGAUGAGGCCGAGAAGGAGAAGUAA